AUGUUUGGUUCGUCGCCGGGACACUCCCAUGAUGUGAUAAUACCGCCAGAUGGUCUUACUCCUUUGAAUAGCGAACUUCGCAUCCCAGAAGGUGGUUUCGCUCUUCUAUCAACGGUACCGCAAAAUGCUUCCUUAGCUCAUGUUAUUACUGCUCUUACCUUUGAUCCUUAUCAAGAACUUCUUUGGACUGGAAAUAGCAUGGGACGCGUCGUGUCAUUUUAUGGCGCAGAGCUUGAAAAAUAUACGGCAUUUUUAUCAGCAACUAAUUCGGACGUUCGCGCUUUACUUGCUUCAGAAACUGCUGUUUUCUCACUAACUCAAAAACAUCUAAAAGCUGAUCGACGGCAAGGCAUCUCGUUAUUCACACAUACAUCUGACCAUAUGACUGAUCUGACUUGUAUGCAUCGGCUUCCAGAUGUUCCACAUAAACUUUUGCUUGGUGGAAAUCAACAACAAAUAAUUCAGUUCGAUCUGGAAACGCAGAAGGAGAUCAGAAUUGUCUCUGUUAAACAGAAGAAUUGUUUGGCUUUACGAUCAAAUCAGAAAUUUUUGUUUAGUUCUGAUUCUGAAGGAAACGUAACUCUUCGACACCUUACUUCUGUAGAUCCUAUCCAUGCAUUACAAGCUCAUCAAGGAGCAGUAGCAGAUUUCGAUGUUUGUGGCAAUAAACUUAUCACGUGUGGCUUUUCUCCCAGAUUGGGCAAAAUGACUGGUGAUAGAUUCAUUAUGAUUUACGAUAUGAGAACAUUACGGAGUUUGCCUCCAGUACCCUUGCCAAUGGCACCAUCAUAUUGCCGAUUUCUGCCUUCUUAUUCUGAUGGUCGAAUUAUGGUCUGUUCUCAGAUCGGUGAAUUCAUAGUGAUGGAUUUAAAUGAGCAGUCGACCCAAAUACCUAUUCAGCUUGAUACGAACGGUUUUGCCAUCACAGCUCUUGAUGUAUCUUCUUCAAAGCAAUGCAUUUCCUUUGGCGAUCAAACAGGUUUCAUACAUCUUUUCUCGGAUCGCAUGGAACCGAUUUUCAAUGACAAUUCGUGGGGAACAGAAUUUCCAGAUCCGGUAUCGAUCCAUCCACCGGUGAACAUUGAUGAUCCAGAACCAUCAUAUGGGGUUUUUCCGCUUCCUUUUCCAACUGAUGAUCAUUAUGCUUCAGACUGGCCCGAACAGUUGUGCGUUAGACGAUUCAGACAGCCUGAUCCGAUACCGCUUAAAGUAAUCGAGUCAAUGCGUAUGGUGCAAUUUGUUGGAUAUGCUCACAAUCCUCGCGCUAGUACAAAAUUACGCGGUUUUAAUGUUUGUCCAUAUACAAGCUCUUCUCAUGAUAAAUCUGUUUCAGUCAUAAAAAAUGAUGGAUUGUUUCGUAUUCCAAAGUUUUACUUGCUUGCUGAAGGACGUCAAGUCUCUAAAGCUGAUGAAAUCGAUUCUAAGCGAUAUAAUCGCACAGCGUUUAAUACACUAGAAUAUAGUACACUUUCCAGCCCUGCAAACAUGAUUUUACUUGCAAUGUAUCAUCUGAUAAGUUUAAGAAGUGUUUUCUUGUCACACUUAUGUUACGUUGAAGGUUGCAUUUCGUGUGAAAUCAAUCUUUUGUUUCGUUUACUUACAGACCGACCUGUACCAAGUGUUGUGUCGGCAAAAAACUUUAUGAAAACCUUUCGAUCUAUCAAUGAUGGUAAAAAAUGGGUCGAUGCCACUGCAAAUACAAAUUUAUCCGAGUCAGUACACCUAUUUAUGCAAGUUUUUAGCAAAGUACUCGACAAGGAACUUUCUGAAACUGCUGCCGGAGUGACUCUUCGCAGAGAAUUAGAGAUCUCUUUUAUUUUGACUAAUCGUUGUUUCCGAUGUGCUGAACACUAUCAGUCAGCCUUAACUCAGCUUUAUAUAUCAUUUGUAUAUCCAACAAAUAAUGAAAAAAUUGGAUUUUGUAAAUUACUAGAAAAAACGCUUAAUUGUCCAGAACAAAAUGAAAUCAUAUGUCAAAAAUGUGGAAAACUGGCACGCGUAGCAUCAACACGACGUGUACGCAUAUUGCCUAACAUUUUGGCUGUUGACUUGACAACUAGUACAGAAAUCGAACCAGUAUUUUGGGUUUCACAGCUUCAGGAAUUCGAAACUCGCCCUCCAGCGACACCGAAUUUAGUAUUGGAACAGAAACAGAAAUAUUGUAGAUAUGGCAAUGAGUGCAAAAAUUCAACUUGUCGAUACAUUCAUAAUGAUGACCCAACAGCUCGCUUGUAUUUGGAAGAGCUUUUUUUAUCUAAAACAACAUCAUGCAUUUGUAAAGGUUGUGUCCAAUUCAUUUACAGUAAACUUGAAACAGCGGCUUCGACAUUUGAUGAUACUGUCUCAGAUUCAGAAUGGCAUCAUUUUAUACCGAGCUCAUUAUAUAUAAAACUUACAGAUGGAAUUUGCACCGUUUCAGAACAUAAAAGUGGAAAAAGCACAUCCUAUCAGUUGAGAGCCGCCACAUUUCUCAUAACGCAGGCUGAAGAAAGAGAAUCAAAAGAACACUUGGUUACCGCAGUCAGAACUCAACAAGAUAAUCAGUGGAAAUUGUUUAAUCAUUGGUCUGUAACGCAAAUCUCUAAACAUGAAGCAUUACAUUUGGAUGCUUCAUGGAAGGUGCCAGUUAUUUUGUAUUUUGAGCAAUCCGGAAAAACUAAUGACAAAGAAGCUGCUGAGAUUGAGAAACGUGCUGUUAUUCCAAAGUCAGUAUUUUGGAACGAUUUUGACUCAAACAAAAUAAAAAUACCGGAAAAAGAAAGUAAAGUUGUAAUUCAUGCGAAAUAUGUGUUUAGCCAGAUUGGUGAAAAAUUAGUGUAUGAAGUCUGUGGAAUCGAUGAAAAUGAUAACUGCUUCAUUAAUAGCAGAGCUAAAAGAAUGGGAGUUGUUGUUGAUGGGAAUAGUCUUCUCUCGCUCAAAAGAUUGUCCUUGAAACUUCUAUAUUUAGUACAAGAAAAUGUGACUAUUAUUGGCUAUAAAAUAAAUGAAUUGUUUGAAAUAUUAAAUAUUUAUGUUCCAAAAGAGCAAAUGAAAGAUAUUGUAUCACUCUCUCAGUCGUCAUUUAAGCGAGAGUCCGUUGAAGAAGAAAGGACGGAUGUUAUUGAUCUCGCACGUUUAUCUCUACGGUUAUAUGAAAAGUUCAAUGAGCUGAAGGUAGCUGAUGAGGUUGAUGUCUGUAAUAUCGCACUAACACAGUCACUGAAGAAAGAUCAUGCAUAG